AUCAGGGUUCUGCAUCGCCUCGAACCCGCAGGCCGUGGUGGGCUGCUCUCCUGGUUGGAAGCAGGGGCUGGGGUGCAGGGUGAAGCUGCUCAUGUCGGCCAGCGCCUUGAAAGGCAAAGAACAAGAGAAGACCUCAGAUGUCAAGUCCAUUAAAGCUUCAAUAUCCGUACAUUCCCCACAAAAAAGCACUAAAAAUCAUGCCUUGCUGGAGGCUGCAGGACCAAGUCAUGUUGCAAUCAAUGCCAUUUCUGCCAACAUGGACUCCUUUUCAAGUAGCAGGACAGCCACACUUAAGAAGCAGCCAAGCCACAUGGAGGCCGCUCAUUUUGGUGACCUGGGCAGAUCUUGUCUGAACUACCAGACUCAAGAGACCAAAUCAAGCCUUUCUAAGACCCUUGAACAAGUCUUGCAUGACACUGUUGUCCUCCCUUACUUCAUUCAAUUCAUGGAACUUCGGCGAAUGGAGCAUUUGGUGAAAUUUUGGUUAGAGGCUGAAAGUUUUCACUCAACAACUUGGUCGCGAAUAAGAGCACACAGUCUAAACACAGUGAAGCAGAGCUCACUGGCUGAGCCUGUCUCUCCAUCUAAAAAGCACGAAACUACAGCAGCUUUUUUAACUGAUUCUCUUGACAAGAGAUUGGAGGAUUCCGGCUCAGCACAGUUGUUUAUGACUCAUUCAGAAGGAAUUGACCUGAAUAAUAGAACUAACAGCACUCAGAAUCACUUGCUGCUUUCCCAGGAAUAUGACAGUGCCCAUUCUCUCCAUCUUGAAAGGGCCAGAGCAGGAACUCAUCAAGUUUCCAUGGAAACCCAAGAAUCUUCCUCGACACUUACAGUAACCAGUAGAAAUAGUCCUGCUUCUCCGCUAAAAGAAUUGUCAGGAAAACUAAUGAAAAGUAUAGAACAAGAUGCAGUGAAUACUUUUACCAAAUAUAUAUCUCCAGAUGCUGCUAAACCAAUACCAAUUACAGAAGCAAUGAGAAAUGACAUCAUAGCAAAGAUUUGUGGAGAAGAUGGACAGGUGGAUCCCAACUGUUUCGUUUUGGCACAGUCCAUAGUCUUUAGUGCAAUGGAGCAAGAGCACUUUAGUGAGUUUCUGCGAAGUCACCAUUUCUGUAAAUACCAGAUUGAAGUGCUGACCAGUGGAACUGUUUACCUGGCUGACAUUCUCUUCUGUGAGUCAGCCCUCUUUUAUUUCUCUGAGUACAUGGAAAAAGAGGAUGCAGUGAAUAUCUUACAAUUCUGGUUGGCAGCAGAUAACUUCCAGUCUCAGCUUGCUGCCAAAAAGGGCCAAUACGAUGGACAGGAGGCACAGAAUGAUGCCAUGAUUUUAUAUGACAAAUACUUCUCCCUCCAAGCCACACAUCCUCUUGGAUUUGAUGAUGUCGUACGAUUAGAAAUUGAAUCCAAUAUCUGCAGGGAAGGUGGGCCACUCCCCAACUGUUUCACAACUCCAUUACGUCAGGCCUGGACAACCAUGGAGAAGGUCUUUUUGCCUGGCUUUUUGUCCAGCAAUCUUUAUUAUAAAUAUUUGAAUGAUCUCAUCCAUUCGGUUCGAGGAGAUGAAUUUCUGGGUGGGAACGUUUCGAUGACUGCUCCUGGCUCUGUUGGCCCUCCUGAUGAGUCUCACCCAGGGAGUUCUGACAGCUCUGCGUCUCAGUCCAGUGUGAAAAAAGCCAGUAUUAAAAUACUGAAAAAUUUUGAUGAAGCGAUAAUUGUGGAUGCGGCAAGUCUGGAUCCGGAAUCUUUGUAUCAACGGACAUAUGCCGGGAAGAUGACAUUUGGAAGAGUCAGUGACUUGGGGCAAUUCAUCCGAGAAUCUGAGCCUGAACCUGAUGUAAAGAAAUCAAAAGGAUCCAUGUUCUCACAAGCUAUGAAGAAAUGGGUGCAAGGAAAUACUGAUGAGGCCCAGGAAGAGCUAGCUUGGAAGAUUGCUAAAAUGAUAGUCAGUGACGUUAUGCAGCAGGCACAGUAUGAUCAGCCAUUAGAGAAAUCUACAAAG